AUGACGGAUAGGGACUCCGUUGAUUCAGAUAGCGGUAGUUUUUCCGCCAUUAAGACAGGGAAAUGCGAUGUCCGUCCCUUCACACCAAGCGGGAAAUUAUUUCAGAUGACAGUGAUGUUAACGCUUCCACUGGUGCCUAUGGCAUUCCUGCUGGUACAGACUAGUUUUAGUUUGCAUAGCACUAUGAGCACUGAAGAAACUGCACGCAAAACCCAGAACCACAUUGAAGAAAGCGUACUGGUGAGUGAUCUAAUAUACUCCUUACAAAGAGAGAGGGGUUUAUCUGCGUUUUACAAGAGACGGGCUGAAUCCCCUUCUCUUUCCCGUCUAUAUGAAGCAUAUGCGAAGACAGAUUUGUUGGUGAAUUCUAUACCAGUUUGGUUUCAUAAACAUGACACGACAAAUCCAGACUUUCGAACCAAAGAAGAGUUUGCCUUAUUUCUUAUGCGAUCUAGAAAUAGUAUGGACGAUGACAAUAUUUCAGCAAAUCAACUUUUCGAAUCUUACACUGAAGCAAUUGACGGGUUUAUACAGUGGUUGACAACACAUGUCGAGAGUGCGGGCAACGCCGAUACUUGGAGGGCUCUAAUGGCUUAUCAACUCAUGGUUAAAUGUUCAGAGAUGGCGAGUCAGGGAAGAGGACUUGGAAGUCAGUUUUACUCACAACCAGGCCUGUCCGGAACGCAGCACAUACAGUUUCUGCAAGUUCAUGCUCUUGAACUUGAUCACUUGAACACUGUGUUUCGAUAUACAUUUGAAAUGCAGAACGUGUACACUAAUUUUAGUCGAUAUUACUCUGACGUAUUUGCUAGUAUUUUGAACACUCGUGCGUUGAUUGUGGCUAAUAAUGCGACGGGAGUCCGUGCAGAAGACGGUUUGCUGUGGUUCGAUAAUAUGACCAUCUACUUGGACUUGUUAAAUGACGUCAAGACAAACAUUUAUGACAAUAUCCUUAUCGAGUUGAACAACAUUAUUCAGCAGGCUAAAGCGUCGGUAAUCCUCGCGGCGGUCAUCUUAGUUGCAGUGCUAACAAUCUUGCCGAUACUUGUUAUCUUCACACAUCGUAUGGUCGCGAAUAUCCAAAACUACGCCUCAAAACUCUCUAGCAAAACAAAUGAACUUGAAGUAGAAAAACGGCGCACCGAGUCUCUUUUAUAUCAAAUGCUACCAAAAAGUGUGGCAAUUCAACUGAAAUCGAACCAGCCAGUGAAAGCUGAAGUAUUCGACAGUGUAACAAUAUUCUUCAGUGACAUCGUCGAUUUCACCUCACUGGCAGCAUCUUCUCAGCCGAUGCAGGUUGUUGAUCUUCUCAACGCCUUGUACUUGCAUUUCGAUGCGCAAAUAGAUCACUACGAUGUUUACAAAAUAGAAACUAUCGGCGACGCGUAUAUGGUCGUCAGUGGCAUGCCACUCAGAAAUAACGAUCGCCAUGUAGGUGAAAUUGCCUCAUUAUCUCUGAAUCUGAUGGCUGACAUGGACGUUUUCCGAGUCCCACACAAACCUCAAUACAAACUGAAACUGAGAAUAGGUAUCCAUACGGGUCCAUGUGCAGCUGGUGUAGUAGGAUCGAAAAUGCCUCGAUACUGCCUAUUUGGAGAUACUGUGAAUACAGCGUCCAGGAUGGAGUCAUCAAGCUUACCGUGUAAAAUACACAUAAGUCAAGACACCAAAGAUGCAUUGGAUAAAUUAGAAGAUAUCUGUUUUAUCAACGAACCCAGAGGUAUUUUGAAUAUCAAGGGCAAAGGUGCAAUGUGGACAUAUUGGCUAACUGGUGACAUUCGCCGGAGACCACCUGAAUACGAGAACGUCAACUGA